CCAGCGGCUGUCUGUGUGUCAUAGGAGAGUCGGAAGAAGAGGGCAGGUCGCCGGGUGACAUUAAAUUUCAGUUUAAACUCGACAGAAAGUAGCUUUAAACAUGGCAAAGCCGCUGACAGACCAGGACAAGCGGAAGCAGAUAUCUGUCCGAGGGCUAGCCGGGGUGGAAAACGUCUCGGACCUGAAAACUAAUUUCAACAGGCACCUCCACUUCACCCUGGUCAAAGACCGGAAUGUGGCCACCAAACGGGACUACUACUUCGCUCUGGCUAACACGGUCCGGGACCACCUGGUGGGCCGCUGGAUCCGGACGCAGCAGCAUUACUACGAGAAAGAUCCCAAACGUGUCUACUACCUCUCCCUGGAGUUUUACAUGGGCCGCACUUUGCAGAACACCAUGGUGAACCUGGCCUUGGAGAACGCCUGUGAUGAAGCCACAUACCAGCUGGGUCUGGACAUGGAGGAGCUGCAGGACAUCGAGGAGGAUGCUGGUCUAGGAAACGGAGGGCUGGGUCGUCUAGGGCAGCUGGGUCGUCUGGCAGCUUGUUUCCUGGACUCCAUGGCCUCUCUGGGUCUGGCUGCUUAUGGAUACGGCAUCCGUUACGAGUUCGGCAUCUUCAAUCAGAAAAUUGUGGACGGCUGGCAGGUGGAGGAAGCUGACGACUGGCUGCGUUACGGUAACCCCUGGGAAAAGGCUCGUCCUGAGUACAUGCGCCCGGUCCACUUCUACGGACGAGUGGAACACACGGCUGAAGGAGUGAAGUGGGUCGACACGCAGGUGGUUCUGGCUCUCCCUUAUGACACUCCAGUCCCCGGCUACAGGAACAACAUCGUCAACACAAUGAGACUGUGGUCUGCUAAAGCCCCCUGUGACUUCAACCUCAAAGACUUUAAUGUUGGCGGCUACAUUCAAGCUGUGCUGGACAGAAACCUGGCUGAGAACAUCUCCAGGGUUCUCUACCCCAACGACAACUUCUUUGAAGGGAAGGAGCUGCGUUUGAAGCAGGAGUACUUUGUCGUGGCAGCAACUCUUCAGGACAUCAUCCGUCGAUUCAAAGCCUCCAAGUUUGGCUCCACAGAGUUCGUGCGGCUCGACCUUUCUACACUGCCAGACAAGGUGGCCAUCCAGCUGAAUGACACCCAUCCUGCUUUGGCCAUCCCUGAGCUGAUGAGGAUCCUGGUGGACACUGAGAAACUUGAUUGGGUGAAGGCGUGGGACAUCGUUAUUCGUACCUGUGCCUACACCAACCACACCGUCCUGCCUGAAGCCCUGGAGCGCUGGCCUGUUGACCUCUUCCAGAACCUGCUCCCUCGUCACCUGGAGAUCAUCUAUGAGAUCAACAGGAGGCACCUGGAGCGCAUUGGCAAGCUUUACCCUGGAGAUAAUGACCGCCUGCGCCGCAUGUCCCUGAUUGAGGAAGGGGACAACAAGAAAAUCAACAUGGCUCACCUGUGCAUCGUGGGAUCUCAUGCUGUCAACGGCGUGGCCCGCAUCCACUCUGAAAUCAUCAAAAACACGGUCUUUAAGGAUUUCUACGAAACAGACCCUGAUAAGUUCCAGAACAAGACCAACGGUAUCACACCGCGCCGCUGGCUGGUCAUGUGCAACCCCGGCCUGGCUGAGGUCAUCGCAGAGAGAAUUGGUGAGGACUACAUCCGUGACCUGGACCAGCUGAAGAAGCUCCUGGAUUUUGUGGAUGAUGACGCCUUCAUUCGCGAUGUUGCCAAAGUCAAACAAGAGAACAAGAUGAAGUUUGCAGCCCAUCUCGAAGAGCACUACAAAGUGAAGAUCAACCCCAACUCCAUGUUUGAUGUCCAGGUGAAGAGGAUCCACGAGUACAAGAGGCAGCUGCUCAACUGCCUGCACAUUAUCACACUCUACAACCGAAUCAGGAAGGAACCCAGCAAGUCAUGGACCCCCAGGACCAUCAUGAUUGGAGGAAAGGCGGCUCCAGGUUAUCACACUGCCAAGAUGAUCAUCAAGCUGAUCACAUCCAUUGGAGACAUCGUCAAUAACGACCCUGUGGUGGGAGAUCGCCUCAAAGUCAUCUACCUGGAGAACUACCGGGUCACUCUGGCGGAGAAGGUCAUCCCUGCGUCUGACCUGUCGGAGCAGAUCUCCACAGCCGGCACCGAGGCUUCUGGAACCGGGAACAUGAAGUUCAUGCUCAACGGAGCCCUCACCAUCGGCACCAUGGACGGAGCCAACGUGGAGAUGGCAGAGGAAGCUGGAGAGGAGAACCUCUUCAUCUUCGGCAUGAGGGUUCCCGAUGUGGAGGCUCUGGACAAGAAGGGCUAUGACGCUGCGUCAUACUACAACCGCAUCCCUGAGCUUAAGAAGGCUAUGGACCAGAUCUCUGGAGGCCUCUUCAGCCCCGGCCAGCCUGACCUCUUCAAAGACCUGGUCAACAUGCUGAUGCACCACGACAGGUUCAAGGUGUUUGCAGACUAUGAAGCCUACAUCGAAUGUCAAGAGAAAGUCAGCACGCUCUACAAGAACCCUAAAGAAUGGACCAAGAAGGUGAUCCACAACAUAGCCGGCUGUGGCAAAUUCUCCAGUGACCGCACCAUUUCCCAGUACGCCAGGGAGAUCUGGGACAUGGAGCCCAGUUUGGAGAAGAUCGCCGCUCCUGACGAUCCUCGCUAAAACCACAUCUGCCUCCUCCACCUCACUGUAGCUCAACACGUGGUCCAACCAUUGAAGAAACACCCUGUAGCUUUUUUGUUUUCACUGUGUACUGUGGCAUUAUUUCUUCACAUUUUCUAUCCCCAUGCAACCUCUGUUACGUGCAGUAACAUAUAUUGAAGCGGGUUUAUUCCCAAUCUGUACUCUGUGCACCAGCAAUGCAUAUCUCACUGUUGGGUGAAAACUGUGUAUGAAGGUAAAGUAUUAGAGAUAUACUUCCUCAUUUUGUUAUAGUGCCCUCCUGUUUUCCAGAGUUUGGAAAUUCCUUGAGUGCUGCAACAAAAUCAGGGAUUAUGAAUUUAACCAAACUUCCAUACACAGUGAUUCAAACCACAUUUCUCACUCUUUCCCUUUCUUCUUCUGAGUGCAUAUGUCAAUCAGAAUCCAGCAAAAAUGACGAUUAACCUCAGCACUAUUAUGGCUCCAACCAGCCCAUGUCUUCCAUGGAAGAGAGAGAGGGGACACUCCGUGGUUCAUGUGCACCUCGGCCUCAUCGCAGCACUGUGACUCGAUGGUGUUGGAAGGAAGCCUUGACUCCAUAUCCACCGCAGACUAACAUUCAUAUUAAUGUUUCGUAUUAAAAAACUCAAAGUGCUCUGUCAGUGUUUCAUGGUGUUUGCUGAAUAUUUACAUGUGUGUAAGUCAUCAUUACUUGUCGGGGGAACCCUGUGAUGCAGAUGUGCUGCCUCAUCUGUUUAGUUGUGAUCUCCUCAGCAUGUUUGUGUCUCCUCUCUUCCUCAAAGUGACCUGUGUUAGAAAACAACAACGCCUUCUCUGCCUAAAACCGAAGUGACUCCACUACUCUUUGGGAGAUGUGUGUGUUCUGUGGUGUAUCCGUACGUGAAUGUAUAGUCCAUGACUCUGUGGAUAUCAGCCUGAUUAAUGUACUGUAUUGACCUGCUUUAGCUACCGACUGUGUGAGUGCUGCAGAAGCGUCUGCCCAUUACGAUGAACCUAACACUUCACUUUUCUUUUUUUAGUCAAUAAACUGUAUACUAUAUA